CGAAGGAAAAUUAGUUAAAACACACGAUACAUACCCUUAACACCAAAGAAUUACACACUUCGAUUGGGAAUUAAUUGUAGAUGAAGUAUGAAUCACAACACACACCCACCUUUAGCACGAAAUAACUUUAAAGGUACCAUUUACACUAAGCAAUUUUUGGAAACGUCAAUUUUACUAACCUAAAAUAAAUCGAAUUUACUCGCUUUUAUUUAAAUUAAAAAAAUAACUUGAUUGAUUGUUUUUAUUUAAAAAUUAAAUACACGAGGGGUAAUCCAAAAAAAAUCAAUGCUGAACUCGCAAAUGAACGAAAAUAAUUCCAUUUGUCCUUUCGUUUGGGCGGUGUAAAACCAACUUUUAGUAGCGACAUCUAACAUCCGAACGUACAAGGUUUUAUAUACCAGAAAAACAACUCCAAUUUAGUUUACUACUUCUAAAUUACUACAUUAAAACAGCCGGGGGUAAUGUUACAGCUGCAUGUCCUGAUAAAGUCGUUGAUUUGGGUGACAACUAAGAGAUGGCGGAAUCAAAUUUUGUAUCACCAAGUCAAAGUAAAAAAAUAAGAAAAUUUUGAACGUCAUCUAGAUCCAAAUCUAACCAAUCUUGUGAGCUGACCAACAUCAAGAAGAAACGUUGAAUCCUCGGUAACAUUAAUUCCCGAACUUCAGGUUUGUAAUUUAAUUGGUGACGUUGAUUUUCACACGUGCAUGCCGUUACACAAGAGGGAAACCACUUCGUAACAUUAAAACGGGCGAAGAGAUCCUCUCGUCGACCAUAAGUUAGGUUCUAAAAUAGGAAUUCGAGAUUUGCGGAGUCAUGUGCAGUCACGUGCCGUUCUCUACGGUAUUACACGUGUCCAUGCACUUCACCUUCACCCCCUCGUAAUUUCAGAUUAUUGUUAAUUUAGAUUGAGUUGUUGACACUCAAAGUCGAAGUUUUUCAGGAAGAGAAUUUGAAAUGACAACCUUGGACGGUUGGAGAAUCCCGGGUGUUCGCUGCUAUAUCGAUUACCACCACCGCAACUGCUGGCGAACUCUGACAUUUUAGAGAGAACCGGCAGAGCCCCCGUUCUGACGUCAGGGGCGCAGCUUGCGUCCUCCCCACCCUCUGUCGUCUCGAUACCCUCGGUGCAACCUGCACGUGGCCAAAAUCCAGAUUCCUAAAUGUGCGUUUGAAGAUGAGACAUCGUUUGUAUCUAAGAAUAGCUUUGCGACGGUUCGUUCGUCCUUUUUAAAACGUUAGAAAAUAAAUGGAUGACGUCGAGAACGACAACGACAAGACAUUUCGUCGACAGCAACGGCGUCGAGCGGUGUCCACGACCCCAUAUACACAUAAAACGGAGCUCCAUCGCCACCGUAAUUAUUUCAAAAAUUUCAUCUCUACAAACCUACGUUAUCAUAACAGAAUCAUCAAAACCAUCACCAAGACAUCACAACAAAAAAAUAGUAAAAUAAUUAAAUGCGCUACUAGAAACCGAAAAGAAUAAAAAAUGCAUAUAGAAGUUCAAGUUGCGCUAAACUUCGUUAUUUCGUACCUGUAUAAUAAAUUGCCCCGUAGAAGAGUAAAUAUUUUCGGGGAGGAAUUAGAAAAGGCUUUAAAAGACAAAUUUCAAGGACAUUGGUAUCCAGAUAAACCGUUUAAAGGGUCGGCAUUUCGAUGUUUAAAAACUGGCGAUCCAAUCGAUAAAGUACUCGAAAGGGCCGCAAGAGAAAGCGGCGUCCCAAUUCAAGAUAUCUUGGAAAAUUUACCCCAAGAAUUAGCCGUUUGGGUUGAUCCAGGCGAAGUUAGUUAUCGAAUCGGCGAAAAAGGAGCCGUUAAAGUACUUUUUAGCGACAAAUCUGAUCCUCAAGAUGAAAAUAACGCAGAUCGCGAAGUAACGAAAACAUUUAAUCCGGAGGCCCAAUGUUUCAGACCGAUCGAAUCGGUUGGUUGUAGUUUGAGUAAUCUCAGUUUGUCGCCGAAAUCCUCGAUUGCGGCUCCGUUUAUUGCCACGGCCCAACAACCACCGAAUGCUGCCGCUAUCGUUGUUGGUGGCCAUCAAUUGCCCACGAACGCAAUAGUUACUGCUCACCAAGGUGGCGUUAAUCAGAAUCUACCACCGAACGUGAUCAAUAACGGUCAUCUUCAAUCGCCAUCUGGGGCACCUUCGCCAACUACAAUGAGUUCGUAUAAAAGUUCACCAUCACCAGUUCCAUCUUUUAUACCAAGAACUACAACUCCACUUACAUUUACUACAGCUACUUUUGCUCAAACGAAAUUUGGUAGUACUAAAUUGAAAACAAGUAGCAAAAGGGCAAAUAGAAUGUCACCAACGGAGUUCUCGAACUAUAUAAAACAGCGCGCUAUGCAACAACAACUUCAUCAGCAACCGCCACCGCCGCAACAUCAUUCACCUGGUGGCGGUCGAGCAUUGAGCCCCGAUCCAACCGCGGCCGCUUACUACUUCGGACCCGCAGGUCCCUACGGGGGCGGGCCCCAAUUUGCCGCACAUCACCGUUCCAUGUUCGAGUCUUCCAGCCAACAGUUCCUCAGCCCCGAUUUGUACUCUGCUGGCGGCAAAUUGCCCGGUGGUUUUGAACACGCUGUGCAACCAACGCCGAUGGGCCCUUAUUACCCCGCUAAUAACGCGACGACGGCACCUGUUACCGCCGCGACAACUUCAGCUGCUCAACCCGGCUCCUCCGCCCAAGACAACAACAAUAAAUUGUUGGAUAAUUGGACGACGUAUCCCGCCGCGGGACAGUAUCAACAUCUUUUGGUCGCCAAUUAAACAAGAUGAUUUAAAAAAAAAUGAAAAAGGAGGAAGAAUUAAGAUGAAAUCAUUGGGUUGAUAAUUAUUUUAUUCGUUUAAAUACUUUUUGGUCGAUGUAUACAAAUCUUUCACAAUCUUUUUUUACAAUUUUGAUUUAAGCGGGGGUUUUCGAGGUUCAGGGCAGCUUAAAGAUUUAAUCCCCUUUUUUUAUUUAACGAAUAACCAAAUCAAUCACAACGUACCGAAUGAAAAAGAAUUUAUUAAUUUUUUUAAAUAUCGGUUAGCGCCAUCUAGCGAAUUUUCAUUUAGUUAAAAAUUGACGCAUUUUUAUUCGGUAAGUUGUGACGUUAAUUUUGAGGUUAUGAUUUUGAUAGGUUUGUUGACAACUAAAAGUGAGGUUAAGAUUUAAAAAAAACCUUAAAAUUUAUUGGAAAAUAAAUAUGUAAAUAAGGUAGAUAAAGUUGAUUACUUGAUUAUUAAUUAAUUUUAAGUUAAUCUCUUAAUUUUUUUAUACGAAAAGAAUUUUUAAUGUAAAAGGGGCAUUGACAUGUGAUAUACAGUGGCGGACAAAAGUCCACAUACAGCAUUGAAUUAUGAGGUAUUUGUACAACGUAAUAAGAUAACAAAAAAUUAGUAUUACAGUGUGAUUACAUAAAAAAAGGACAAAACACAAAAUUUAUUGUCUCUUCUGCUGUUAUUUCAAUCCAAGAUUCGACUAACCCAGAUUUCGGUGUUUUCGCAUCUAUGAUUUUCCAUCUUACGUUUUAAAAACUCCCAAACAUGCUCGAUUAAAUUAAAAUCAUGACUGUGAGGAGGUGUAUUCAACCGCAUAGGUGCAUAAUAUAGCAAUUAAUGUUUGAUAAAGUGUGCUUGGGGUCAUUGUGUUGCAAUAUUCUUUUCCGAAAUCAGCGGUUUUCUUCGGGACUGAAAAAUCCAUCAUCGCGUAGAACUCUUUGUACGGUUUUUGGAAGUACGGACUUAUUAGAUACAGUCGCGAUGUGGUCAGCUAAUUUCGGUGCGCUAACUCUAGGGUUUUUGCUCACUUCUUUUAAUAUGGAGCUAAUAUCUCUUCUAGAGAGAUUUUUUGGCCGAACUUUGCUAGCGAAUGAAUCAGUCGUAUUGUAAACUUUUGAGUAAACUUUUGCAGCCAAUUAGAAACACAAACUAAAUACCAAUAACUAAAUCCCUGCUGAAUUAAGAAAAGCGAAAUGCAAUACCAGCUACUUUAUGCCACUCCUUUUUGAUUUCUUUAACUCAAGUGCAUUGUAUGUAGACUGUGAAAUUUUUAUUAUGUAGCUAUUGAGCGAUUUUUUUUUUGUGAAUCUUUAAUCACACUGUAAUACUAAUUUUCUAUUAUCUUAUUAUGUUUUACGAAAACCUCAUAAUUCAAUGCUGUAUGUAGACUUUUGUCCAUCAGUGUAAUUGAUUACUUCUUAUAAAAUAACUGGCUCUUUGUGAUAGAUUUGUAUGUACGUUCAAUAGAGUUAAUUAAUUACUUGAAGAGGAAGCUUAAAAAUUAAAGGUUUUUUUAGAUGGAAAAUUGAAAAGUAGGUUUUUUUAUAAAAAUCGUAGCGUAUUAGACUAGAUGUUUAUUAUUUUAUAAUGAAAUAUUAAAAAAAAAACGGUGUUAACAGUAUUCUGGUAGAGUAUAGAGUGUUUUUCUAAAUUUUUUAUAUUAUAUGUAUUUUUUAUUUUUGUAUGAAAAGCUCAAUCCUAUCAUCUAGUCCCAUUUUCAUAAUAUAUGGUUAACGAUAUAAAUAUAAAUUUAAAUUAAACAAAAAAAGAACUUUGUAAAACUGUAAAAGUGUUGGCAUAUCAUAUCUAAUCGGGUUCAACAUAAUAACUGUAAAAAAAUUAUGUGUAUAAACGUGGAGAAAAACUAAAAACACACCUUACAGAAUAUAACACACAGCAGCGUG